CAGAAAACUUUUAGAUUUUCCAGAAUCUGCACCUAUUCCCUUUCAUUUGUGCUUCCCGUUUGUUUUAAUUAAUCCCACCCACAACCCGCCCACUCUGCUGUGGUUGGUCACACGCCCAAAGUGCUUCCUCGCUAUGAACCAUAUAAGGAAGUCCACCGCUUUGUGACAUCACAAAGGGGCAGUUUUUACCACGCCUUUUGAAACCGAGCGUUUUUGAGCCAUCCCAAACUUCUUUCAGGGCUCACUUCCAAAUGUGCAGACCUCAUUAUCUGAAACCUUGGCAUGGUUUAACACAAGAAUACAACAUUAACUACAUACUACUACUAACUACAUUUAUAGGGCAGAAAAAUGGAAAAAGCAGGAUGAAAAUAAUUAAAUGCAAAUCCACAAAAUCAAUCAAUGAACUUGCCGUGUGUACCUGCUAUUGGAUCUAGACCAACAUUAUUGAUGCCAUAAAAAAAAGACACACACUCAGGCCUGUACACACUACACACUACACACACAGGAACUUGGACCAACGCCAUAAUCUGCGGCUGACACAUUUCUCUGGAUGCUGCCAUACUGCAGAACUUCACACCCAUUUUUCACGGUUUGCAGAGGCUGAAGGUGCGUUCUCAAACACCAGCACACUGGUGACUGUUCUUCCUGUGUUCGAUUGCACACUACACUACAUGCACAUCUCUUACGCAACACCUUGAGUACUCUGUGUGUAUGACAGAAAGUGUCCUAAUUAAUUUGCAGGACCUCAGAUGUUGUCUGGUAUCACCGUGGUGGAUCUGAAACAUUGGGGAAAUUUCGUUUGCUCAGGAUCUUUUCCAUUCUCAAAAUGAUGGAACGCUUGACCUACUUGAUCCUGGUGACGAUCAUCUGGAUGGCCAAGGCUGGAGCUGAGGUCUGUCCUGAUUCCUGCAAGUGUUCCAAGAAGUCCGGGCAAGAAAAGACGGAGGUCAACUGUCAUAAGAGAGGCCUUCGCUCCUUUCCUUCCCGACUGCCGUCUGAUGCUUGGGUCCUCAAACUGGGUGAGAAUGGCAUCACAGACCUGCAGGCUAACAUUUUGGGAGCGGUUCCAAGGAUCGAAAGUGUAAUCUUGGAACAUAACGCCAUCAAGUCCAUCCACCGCCAAGCUUUUUCUAGCGCCAAGACGCUGACGCUCCUUAGCCUUUACGGCAAUCACGUCAAAUACCUUCCACCAAGGGCGUUCAAGGAUCUCUUAAACCUUCGUUUCCUCAUGUUGGGGCAGAACCAGAUAGGCUCCCUCAAAGCCAACAUGUUCAUCGGAAUGAGGAACCUUUCAGAGCUGGAUCUUCCCGAAAACGCCUUGACAGUGCUAUCACCCAAUACCUUCAAACCUUUGAUCGCGCUCAAAGUCUUAGAUCUUUCCCUGAAUCGCAUCCAGAAGAUGUCUCCAAAGGCUUUCACCGGAUUACGACAACUCAUGUUCCUCAACCUGGACAACAACAGUUUGAAAAAUCUUUCUGCUGGAGGUUUCAAGCCAUUGAGCUCAUUGGAGAUGCUGGUUCUUGACAACAACCUUUUGUCGACCCUGAGCCCGUUGAUGCUGACUGGCCUGGGGGUGCUGCAGGAACUCUACUUGAGGAACAACGAUCUGGAACACCUACCACCUGAUGCGUUCAAGGACAUGCCCAAGCUCUCUCAAUUGGCUGUCAGCGGAAACCGUCUUAAAACAGUGGAUGGAAACACGUUGGCCCGAAUUCCUUCCCUGAAGAAGUUGCACCUCCACGACAAUCCAUGGCAGUGUGACUGCAAUAUCGUCCAGUUGGUGCAGUGGAUGAGACAAACCAACGUAACCCUGUCACCUCGGGAGGCCCUGAAGUGUGAGGGUCCUCCUGAGGUCCGGAAGAAGACCUUAAGCAGCCUCCAAGAAUCCAAGCUGCUGUGCUAUGCCUGACUUCAGAAACCCAACGUAUCAUGAUUGUUAUUAUUUUUUACUUCACUGGAAAGAUACUGACAUGUUUUCCUCAUCAUAGUACUACAGAAUGUCGCUUUGGCAUUUUUAGCACGGAGGAAAAUAAGUAAAAAAAAAUACCGUCUUCCAUUCAGCUAAGUCUGAGAUUAUUCUCCUAAUCGUAUAUUGCUUGUCAUCCAAAAGCUGCGCAGGUUUGGAAAGUGAAAGAUUACUUGCAGAGGGAUUACAUUAAUCCAAUUUCAAGUCCAGCAGUUUCCUUUUAUAAUCUUUUUAAGUUAUACUACACUCAGAUACUGCAUUAAGACAAUGGAAAUGUAAAUAGAAAAUGGACGGAUGGAUGGAACCUACCAAAAGAAAGAAGAGACUCUUGUCUUUCAUUAGAAAAAAAGAGUUUGUUUCUGCCUUUUUCCGUUCUUUAGUAAUCAGCAGACGAACAUCAAUACGUUUCAGGAAAACAUCAGUUCCUGACAAAAAAUUUUUUUGUGGGAAAAGCUACAUUUCAAGCAUAAUUUUCUUUCAUCAGAAAAAAAGUUAGUUUCUGCCUUUGUCCAUUCUUUAGUGAUUAGCAGUAGAACAUAGGUACGUUUCAGGAAAACAUCAGUUCCUGACAAAAAAAAAAACUCACAUGUGAAAAGAUACAUUUGAAGAAUAUCUUUUCUUUCAUCAGAGAAAAAAUAGUUUCUGCCUUUUUCUGUUCUUCAAUAAUCAGCAUUAGAACAUAACUACGUUUCAUGAAAAUAUCAGUUCCUGACUAAAAAAACAAAAUUGUUUUGU